GGCAGUUGCGGAGAUCAGGAUUCUUUUAUUUUACGGUUAGAUAAUUUUGGGGGAGGUGAAAAUAACGCGGUCGAUAUUUUUUUAUUUCUUCUGUUUAUUGAUCCUACCCGGUACGUUUUUGUGGUUGGGUAUCAGGUGUACUAACUUAGUUGUUGGUGAUUUUUGGAAAUGGCAUUACAAAAAUCGAUGUUGAUGGGGCGCGUUUUUGUGUCUGUUUUGAUUGUUCUUUGUUCGCGCUUUCUGGGAGCUUUUGCUUCCUCGUCAACACUAGAAAAAGAAUCAGAACGUACCAACAUUUUGGCUGUCCCGUGGAGCGAUUUGUCUUUUAAUUCUUUGCAACCACCUUCCUUUGUCCCGACUUGCGCGUUUUCUGUUGUUCCUGUACACGCGGAAGAAGAGCCGACGAAAGGAAUAUUCGUACAGUUCAAAUUAGGGAAAUACAAUUAUAUUGCCCGUGCUUCGCUGCAUAACGGAAAAUACUGCACCAUCGACGUUUUUCGUCUGGAUGUGUUGUCCACGGGAAUUCGGUUUGAAUUGAUAGCGUCGACAAAGCUGCAGUAUGAACCACUUGGAAUUAAGGCCGCAUCGUGCGACGACACGGAAGCGUAUAUCGUUGUCCUGAUUACCAAAGAUGGCAUCGGAUCCGAUGUGCAGCUUUUGGUAUUCAAACCAGUGGAGCCGGGAAACAUGGAGGAAUACGUUAUUGCGCACAAUGCCCAGUUGUCGGGAUUGAAAGGUGUCGCCGACAUCAGCAUAAGUUGCUACAAAGAACAAGUUAUUUUCGCCUUUGCCCAGUCGACCACCCUAUCUCCGUCGCGACCUAAGGAAGUGACCAGUUCGGUUCAUGUUUGGAGUCCUUUAAGCCGCUCUGUGAUCUCAUCAAUGACCGCGGAUACCGUUAAUUCCGUAUCAGUUGUCGUUUUCGAAAGUGGCCAGUGCUUGAUGAUCAUAUUCGCACAGAACAGUAACGGAGGGAGCGGUGGUCCCUUGGACACACUUCUGUAUUGUCUUUCUUCCGGAUCGCCCACGGAGUGGAAACUCGUUUUAGCUCAAUCACUAAAAUUGUGUGAAGUGAAUGGAAUGGAAUUGUACACUAAUCCGAAGCGUGAACUCGGGUUAUUUGUGGCCAUAUCGAAAAAAUCCUCUAAUUUUAAAUUCUGCCCAAGCACUCCUUUGACUAUGAAAUGGAACGGCAAUGAGUUUGUCCCCAUUAAGAAUUUGACCGUGAAGGGCGUUUCUGAUUUCUAUCAUUUCCCAUCGCCGUGCUGUAAUAUCGUGCUUGCUCAGCACACCGGCAACGAGAGAUCCCUUAGCGUGUUAGGAUCAUCUGAAUCACUCUUCGAAGACGUUAAAAAAGUGGACUUUCUUUUUGUGGAGGAUCGCAGUUUCUUUCUGAUAUCGUUUUCCAGCAGCUCUCAUCAAACACCUCUGCAAGAGUUUGUUUGUGAUCGACGGGCUGGUCGGAAGGCAAAGACAGCAUUUGGUGCGGGAGGGACACCGGUUGUGCCGCUAGAAGUGGGUGCCGGCUAUGGACUGCCAACGCCACCUUUACCUCCAGCUGCUGACCCAGCCGCUUACAUGACACCACCGCCCAUCAUGCCUCCAGAAAUUCCACUGGUGCGAAAUAAUCGAAGCGGAGUCUUACCGCCGCAAAUGAAUAUGGCAGGGCGAGUUUUCAACCCGCUGGCUAAUAUCACCGGACCUUUAAACACAAGCGCAGUUAUUUAUCCUAAUCCUUCUCCAUUUGCACCUCCGAAACAAAUGCCCGUAAUCCGACUCGAAUCGGGAGUUAGUUCAAUGGUUAACCGGUCCAGGAAUGGUCGAGUACCGAGACCUUACGUCUACCGCCUUGGAAAGCAGAACGGCACAGCAGUUUUGAGGAGACCUGGUGUUCCCAACAACAAAGGUAUCCCCGUUGCCGCCAAAGUGCAAGUGAAGCCGUUGGUGCUGCAACCGAAAACUCUGCCUGUUGUACACCAAGAAAGAAAAGUUUAUUCUCGCGUACUGAACCCCAAUCCCCAACGUCCAUUCCCUCCCGGCCGGAAUAUGACCAGUGGGCAACGUAGGAAGGGGCCGGGGGUUGUGCGCCCCGUCAUGCAGUCUGGUCCAGUGAAAUUGCUUCCUGCUUCCCAAAGGAUGAAGCCGAUGCCUCGUAUUCAUUACACGGAUAUGAGCGAUAUAUCGAAUGAAAUGGCCUAUGUUAAAAUAUCGCGGCCAGGACUCAGAAAUUUCUCUAAUGAUUUCGACGUGCAGGAGAAACAGCAGCCGUUUUUACCGCCGAUAACGCUUUAAAUCGUGUCCCGAUCUGGACCACUAUAAUCCGAUGGCAUUCUUGCACGGAUUGAACGGGGAGACUGGGAUGCAUAUGCAUGAUCUCAACACAGCUGGAAAGUUGUAUAGAUUUACGGAUACGCUGCCUGCAGCAACUCUUCAGACCGCCCGGUGUUACUGGACAUUUUUACCUUAACUGUGAUUUCCUUUGUGAUUUUGUUGUUUGAAAUGUAGUUUUAUUAUAAAAGCUUUGCUGCAAACGGUAUGCUUGUUUGAAGCCUUUACCUUCGGUAUGUACUCUUUUGGUUUUGAUUGUGUAAUUACAUUAUUUGGAUUUUUUCCAUUAUAUUGCAGCAUUUGCUUGAAUUUUGUGAGAUAUUUGUAAAUCACGGCUUUU